AUAGACAGCCUAGACAGGAGUCUGGAAGACUUGCUGACUAGAGUGGAUGAAUUUGUGGGAAUGCUGGACAUGAUUCGAAGUGAUUCCUCUCAAGUUGUCAAUGAAAGUCUACCUCAAAUUUACACAAAAGCUACAGAAAUGAGACACAUAUACAGGAAGAUUGACAAACUAGAGGCUUUUGUGAAGAUGAUUGGAAAUAGCGUCGCUGGACUGGAAGAACGGGUCAUAAAGGCAGAAACGGACCUUGGAGCUUUUCCGAGCACGUUCAAGAAAAUCUUGCACACGAUCAGCAUUCCGUCCUUCCUUAACAAAUCGUCUUCCUCACGACAACAACAGACCCUCUAUGAACCUCCAGUCCUCUUCAAGACUGAAGACUAUUUUCCGUGUAUUAAUGAAGCACCUUAUUGA